AUGGGGCGUGAUCAUCAUGUCAUUUGUGGUCAAAGACUCAGUUUUAUUAGCAUUUCUCUUCUUUUUCUGAUAAUUUCAAGCUGGACCCAGCUGGGAUUUGUUACUGAAGGUAGAAAGACUUUCAAACAGAAUGGUUUUCACCAGACACUACGUGAUGAUAAGGCGAUGGUGAGGGCACAGAUAGGCUCGAGGCCACCAAAAUGUGAGAGAAGAUGCAGGUCCUGUGGACACUGUGAGGCCAUUCAGGUACCUACAAAUCCACAAGCGCAGAAGGGGAAGAUCAACCUUUCAACAGUGUCUAUAAUUGCUUAUGACAGGGGAGAAGAUAGUUCCAACUACAAGCCCAUGAGUUGGAAGUGCAAAUGUGGGAACCUUAUUUUCAACCCCUGAUUCCAAUUGUCUCACAGUUUAGUUCUUUUAGAUAA